ACACAUCCUCAUCUUCAUUCUGCAAGAGGCUUCACUUCUUUUGAGCUUUCUCCGCUUGCAAACACAGAAAAUAAACACAGAAAACAGAGUCCAGACGGCCUUGCAACGUUUUCUGCUUAUGGUAUUACGAAAGAAAAGGCACAGGUAAAGUUAGAAUUCUAAUGAUAAUGACGAUCGAUAUACCCGACGGAGGACCAAGGAAUACUUUGUUGGCAGGACCAAUGACUCACAGUACGUAAGAGAGGGUUGCAACGAAGAGGUCCGCGCACGUACAGAAUAGAGUUUAAGGAAACAUUAAACUAAAAAAGUUUGUUAAAGAAUGGAAUUCCGCAUCAUAUUUAGCCUUUUGUGCCUUGUCUUAAUGCCUGACAUAUCAACUGCAGAUCCGACAGUGACAGUAGCUCACGGAAUACUCGUGGGUAAAACGGUCAACUUCACAGAAGAGGACUAUAUCGGCGUUGAUAAACGCUUUGAUGUUUAUCUGGGAGUACCGUUUGCCGACCCACCCCGUCGCUUCAAGCCACCAGUCGCCAAACAACCAUGGGAGGGACCUCUUGCAGUGAAAGAUUUUAAAGACGCCUGUUCCCAGCCUCUUCCUCCUCCUUCUUACACUGGUCCAUUGUCUGAGGAUUGUCUUUAUCUCAAUGUCUAUUCGCCAAGCCCAAAGCCCACCAAUGCCUCAGUCAUGGUAUGGAUACACGGAGGUGGGUUUGUUGCAGGAACAGCCAACGAUCUUGAUUACAACGGAAUCCCAUUGGUCGCUGUCGGUGACGUCAUCGUAGUUACAAUAAAUUAUCGUCUUGCUGUCUUCGCAAAGUUUACUACCAAGGAUGCCGAAGCACCUGGUAAUCUUGGUAUGUUGGAUCAGGUAGCAGCCCUACAGUGGAUAUACGACAACGUUGAAGCUUUCGGAGGAGACAAAGACAGAAUUACUAUAUUUGGAGAGAGUGCCGGUGCAGCGUCAGUAGAUUACCUCACACUCUCUAAACGAAGUCGUCAUUUAUUCAAUCAAGCCAUCAUCCAGAGUGGAUCUACAUUUCCUGACUGGUCCUUUGAUCCCAGACCAGCGGAGAUGGAAGUACAAGAUGCCAGGAGUCUUGGGGAGGCCUUGGGUUGUGCCACGUCGCCGUCUUCUGCCUUGAUCGCAUGUUUGGAAACUAAGACUCCAGACGAGAUUCUAAGCGCCUCUCUACCGGCGUAUUCAUUAUGCCCCAUUUCUGUGGACGGCAAUUUCCUUGAGGACAAACCAGCCAAUCUGUAUGAGCAAAAUGACUUCAAGAGGUGCCCUGUACUGACUGGUGUCAACAAAGAUGAAGGAACUCUCUUUCUUCAAUUCUUCUUUGCCAAUAGCCUACAUCUACCACGACCAACACUCAAUAGUACAGGCUUAGAUGGAUUUAUUAGAGGAUUGAUGGCCUCAUAUGGCGUCACCGAUGAUUUCCUGAUCGCUGCGAUUCUUCAGCAAUACACGGACUGGUCCAUUGUCGAGAACCCUUCUGCCGAUCUGAUGCCAUCUUUCAUAGAGUUUGCUGGAGAUCACCGAUUCGCCUGUCCUUCAGAUCAGUUUGUUAGGUACCAUGCUCGUGUGGGGGACACUGUUUUCAAGUACUUCAUGACGCAUGAGCCGUCACGUUCUCUUCUAGGUUUGCCAGAUUGGUUUGGAGCUGGUCACGCAGAAGAAAUUACGUUGGUGUUUGGGCUGCCAUUCAUUGAACAUCUUCCUUUGAGAGGGUUAGACCAGAUGACGGACGAAGAAAAGAAGUUGUCUGUCAAGAUGAUGAAGUUCUGGACGAACUUUGCUAAAUUUGGGGAUCCAACAUCUGGAGCUGACCCUAGUGAAGGGUUGGGCACCUGGCCAUCCUUCACUGUACCAGAGCUCUCUUACAAGGAGAUAUCCCUGGAUUUUGGUGUAGGAAGAGCAUUGAAGGCCAAUCAGUGUCAAUUCUGGAAUGACUAUUUCCCAAAGCUCCAGGAUAUUAUUGCUUCGAUCGAUCCAGGUUUAUUGGACUGGCGGAGUGAGUUCAGCAGAUGGCAAGGUGAAAUGUCUGACUGGCAACAUGAAUAUGACCAAUACAAGAAAACUCCACGGUGCAACUAAUCUCGUUCCAUGCGAUAUGCUCGAUUUUUGAAAAACUCACACAAACUAUAUACAUGUAGGCCUAUAAAUUGCUACUCAAUAUUUGACUAUGAUUAUUCUCAAAUAAGUCACGCAUUUGAUCUGUAGUACAGAUUUUAUUAUGAAUAGAAGACCCGGAUUUUAAUUUCAUAGAGAAUGUCAGAUGAAAAUGAAUUGAAUUUAUAUUUUAGGUAUGCAUUUUUAUGAAAGAAGCGGAAUUAUAUUGAUAGCUAGUUCUAGUUCUGUAAAAGGAAAAUGCAUCUGUUUCAUGCUUAACAUAUUAUUGUGACCACUCGAUAGAUAAUCAUAAUUUAUAGAAAUGUACGAAUUGUAUUGUAUCUGUCUGUGUAACUGACAAAAAGCCUUUAGUUUCAGAAAACUUAAAAAAAAAAAAAAAAAAAAAAACUCGACACAUUAUUAUUUUAAAUAUAAUAUUGUUUCAAAAUGAAACUUUCUUCUUUCCAAUCCAAUCCAAAAUUCAUUUGAUAUAGCGCCAUUUUCCUUUCGGUUACUCCACUUCUUUAUUUAACGAUACAGGCUGAAUUUAACACUUUUAUACCUAAGUAACAAAAUAGACAACAUUAAGAUUUUAUCGAUAAAUCUAUUAUACUUAUUGAACUUGUAGCUGACAGCUUUAAAACCUAUAUACAUGUAUUUGUUUGUUUUUUUGUAUACUUCCUAAGAGUGAAUGUCGCUAUAUCACUACUGGAUUAUGUGAAUAUGUUUGCCAUGAAACAGUAAUGACGUGUAGGGUAUGAAAUAAAAAAUGCGUUCUAUUGUUUUCAAUUUUGCAUCGAAACUUAGUGUUAGAUCGAAUGACCGAUCAAAACAAACUUUCAAUAGGACGUCCUCCCCCUCUGUCGACUUCCGACGGAGACAUCUUUUUUGGCCUUAUCAUACUUUUCAAAAAGGGACAAAUCUACGCCUGCCAUUAUUUUUUAUUCCCAUUCAUUUAGGCCUAUUGCAUUAUUAUCACUUGUCAUAACAAUCUAUACAUAAGCUUGUAUAAACUUUGACAAACGAUGGCGUUUUCUUGAAUUAACUAAAAGGAGGUGAACUGUUUUCUUUGAUAGAACUUUAUUGCUACUCUCAUUAUAAUUUGAUAUUUUCAUCUAUUAUGCAGGUGUUUUCGAUGUGUAUAACAAUAAUAAUUAUUUAGCUGGUGUUGUUCUAGUUGACAUUUCGAUCAUAUCUCUUUUUUUUAUUACUACUAUUUUUCAGGGGCUAUUGGGUCCUUUCUUAAUUCAUAUUUUAAAAAGUUAAAGACAUACAAACUAAUCUCAAUUGCAUGCUGUGGAAGGAAUUGAAAAUACGCUUAGACAAGUGCAAGGCGAAAGGGGGCGCUAUACCGCCACUCGUCUCGGUGCCAUGUAUUGGCUCUGGAUAAUUCUGGCCUUUGAGAGGCUACGUUUUAUUUUUUUUUUGUUGUAUUGUAAGAAUAAUACCAUUAGUAAUGAUAAUAAUAAACAAUUUUAUUUGGCACAAACUAUA